CUUCAUUGAUUUCCACCAAAAAUUACCAAUACACCACCUGCUCAGGCACCAUUGGAUACCCCACACCACGGAAAGGACGGACUCAUCAAUCGCGUCGUUUCUGCGAACACUACUACUCCUAAAACAACACUUCCACCGCACUCCGUCCCAUAUCGGGGUUCAAUCACAGCCAUGUCCGACAUUACCAAAACUCCUUUUGUUCGGGACCUCGCCUCGAGCGACAAGAAACUCCGCGAUAAGGCCACCGACUCCCUCACGCUUUUCCUCCGAUCCAAGACCGACCUCACCCUCAUCGAACUCCUCAAACUUUGGAAGGGCCUUUUCUUCUGCUUCUACCACUCCGACCGACCCCUCACCCAGCAAGCCCUCGCCCGCACCCUCAGCUACAGCCUCGUCCCGACUCUCCCCCGCUCCACACUCCACCGCUUCCUCCGCGCCUUCUGGAUCACCAUCGGCCGGGACUUCCAUUCUCUCGACCGUCUCCGCCUCGACAAAUACCUUCACUUGAUUCGUUGCUACGUGGGCGUUGCAUUCGAGGUUUUCCUGAAACCCACCGCUUCCGCCUCCGCAGCAACGGCAAACGGCAAGCGCAAGAGAGAGGAUACGUCGUCAUCAUCGAAGAAGCGCAACAACAACAAGAAGAACAAGAAGCAGUCUCGCCAGGAAGAGGAGGAGGAAACAUCGCGGGCCGAAAACGCUGCCAACGGGGAGAAGUGGGCGGCACUGGAAUCCUACAUCACCAUCUUGGAAGAGGGUCCGCUUUGCCCCGUGAACUUUGACCCGGAUCAACCGGCCGCGAAUGAGAAGGAGGACUACAUCCCCAUGCCGCAUGGGCCAGAUGGACUGCGGUAUCAUGUAAUGGAUAUCUGGGUGGAUGAGCUGGAGAAGGUUCUGGAGUUUGAGGGAGAGGAAGGGGCAAGAAAGCCGAAGGGAGAGGUGCCAAUGGAGCUUCUGUUGAGACCCAUUGAGAAGUUGAAGGCGGACAGUCCGUACAAGCCUGUGAGGACUCGGGCUGCAGAGUCUCUGGAUGACGACCGGUUGGUUGAGUGGGGCUUCAAGACAAGGAAGGUGGAGAGUGAUGAUGAAGAGAGCGAUGAGGAGUGGGGUGGUUUCGAUUGAGCUGUGUCUAAUUGUUCCUGUUGACAAAAAGUGUAUAGAUUGCGAGUUCGACUGCAAAGUGCUCUAUCGCCUGGCCUGGAAAGCGCCGGCUAUAUUGGAACAAUGUAUAGUAUUUGUAAGACUCUAUGGGCUAUCCGCCAUGCCUGUGGACUGCUGUCUACCAACACAUCAACUAUACAGAGAGCACCACCCGAACUAAACGACAACAAAGCAAGGCGAUACAAAAGUCUUGCGCCAGGGUAUCAUCACAGAGUGCGAAGACUGCAAUAAAGAGAAUGGAAAAACAACAUCCAAAAUGAGAGUCCAUACCUGCCCUCAACUUUUCCUCUUGAUCAACUCAGUGUCUAAGGCUUAGGCCCUUCUGCUUCAUAGAG